GUUUAUUUACACCCAACCUUGAGUUAUGAACGGCUAACGUAAUGAAUUAAUUGUGAGAUAUAAGAAUUCAUAUGAAUUCUUUUUCAAUUUGUUCAUCAAAAAUCCAAUCAACUGUCAUUGUUGUUUCACCCUUUCAGGAAAUCCACCUUUGAUAUUUCUUGGCUUCCAGCCAAAUCCUAAACUAUAAACAAAUCUAAAAUAGCACAAGCUCGACUUCGCGAGCAUGACUAAACAGUUAAAUCAUUCCAAUAUCGAACAUAAAUUCAAUUAUCAUGAGGAAAACGGUCGAAUUGAGACAAUUCGGGAUGGUUUAAGAAAGGCCUCACUAUGCCCAAGCAUGGAACUAUUAGCUGUAAUAACGAAUGCAAAUCGUCUAAUUGCGCUUAGAAAUACAGGACAGAAAAUUUGGGAUGUUGGAUUUGAAGGAUUAAAAGCUACAGCUCUUUGUUGGCAUCAAGAUGGUCAUCUACUGGUAGUGGGCUUUGAGAAUGGAGAACUCAAAUUUGUUGAUUCCUCAACUGGUCAUGUUGUCGAACAACGCCCUGCUUCAAGAGAUAUUCCUAUCACCAUGAUUACAUGGACAGUUGAGGAUUCUUCUGAUUUUUUCAAUCAACCUGAUUUUACAUUUGACCCUAUAUCAUACAUGCCCUUACUGGGAACGCUUCCUAGCUCCUCCAAAGGGGAACGGAUAUUUUCUUCUAAAGCAAUCGCUGAGUUUUUUAAGCCUUCCAAUUCUGAGCAUUCUAGGUCUCAGAAAAUCGAGUUAUUAAGUGUCCUGGAUGAGGAAGGUAUUCGCCAAAUAAACAUGUUUUCCUCCUACAAAAUUGGUGAAGGCGAUUCAUUGUAUUCAGCUCUCAACAUGAAACUACCUAAAUCCUACCAUAUUUGCAAACAGAUGGCGUAUCAUGUUUUAAAUUGUUCUGAUCAAGGAUACAGCAGCUUGCAAACCCUAUACAUGCCAUUGCUAGAGAACGGGUUGCGAAACAUAGUAGAUAUAGCCACAAUGUCAACAAAAAUGCAGUUGUUUGUGAGGUAUAUCGAAGAAACAGUGGAUGCAAUGUAUGAAGAGUUUGAUAAUAUCGUCAAGGCUGAAAAUAGCUUACGAAAUUCUUUUACUCAGAUUUUUGAGAAACAAAAAAAUAAUACAUUCUCUCCUGAGCUAGAACUUUAUCAGUUUAUAAUGAAUGGCAUACCCACCCCCAUAUUGAAAGAGUGGUUGACAGAGAGAGUUGGAGAUCGAAUUAUAAAAAAUUGGGAAAAGUUAAUUGUAAAUGCUUGUCGAUCUUUGUCUACGUUUUGUCAAGAAUUUAUACUUCCUGCUUCGGAGAGGUUAGGGAUAUUGCUUAAUCUAAUACGAGGAAAGGCGAUUUGGGGAGUCAUGAAAGGAGAUAGCUUGCUUGAUCCAAAGUUGAUUGAUAAUUGUAUGUCUUCCCUUUCGUCACUUCAGGCACUCUCUUUUACAUUUUUAUCUUCACUCCAAAAAGAAAACACCCAAAUGAAACGUUAUGUGGGUUGGUUAAAUUACGCUAUGCGUGAGUUUGUUUCGACUGAGCCAGCAACAAUUCCUCCUCAGGAAAUUAUUGAUCAUAUACAGGAUACUGUAAGGUAUAUCCGGAAUUCUCUAAUGCAUUCUCAAUUAACAUCCUACUUUGUUGCUAACAGGAAACCUGAAGAAGCUAAGGAAUCCACAUCUUGCAAUUCCACGUUUCAGAAUGUCGUUAGUGCUUUGCGGAUUUCCUUUGAUGUCAUUUUUAGUUAUCCAUCCUUGGCUUGCCGAAGUCAAUGGAUAAAAACAGCAAGUAUUAGAUUAUUGCAAGGCAACGAUUGGCUAGUUUCUGCCUGUCUUUUUGAAUCCAAGCCUGAAACUCCAAUUCAAAAAUCCGUCUAUUUUAAAAAAAAUCAUCCCGACAUGUACAUAUUAUUAUGCGCUCUUCAAAAUGGACAAAUGUUACCGUCUUCAUGUUGUCAUUUUCAACUGGAUGCUCCUUAUUUUCUUCAGGCCGAUCAGAUAAACGCUGUCUCAACUAAUGUUUUGGAAGCAAAGGUUUUUCCCUGCAAUACCUUAAUAAUAUUGGCUGAAUGUCAAAAUCAAACAUUCAUGUGUGAAGUUUCCAUUGAUAAAAUACCUUUUAUACCCAUCGACAAGUCCAUUUACGAAAUGGGAAAUUUACCAGAGUACAUGAGUACUGUUCCCAUCAUCCCACUUCGUGAUGCAGUAUGGACUCAUGUAUUCGGUGAUGAUUUUUCUCCUUCCAGAUUUGACUACAUAGAGCAAGAUACUGCUGCCUCCUAUGGUAUUGUUUAUUCGGAACAAACUCAAAAACAUCGAUGGUUCAAAAUUUGAGAAGACAAGGAGUCUUUAUCACGGAUUUAUAGAAAUCGGUAAAGUUAUACAUAUAUUUUAGUUACAACCAUAUGGAUAUGAACAAAUAUUAAUCAUGUUUAAUUAUUUCUAUAUUUUAUUGACUACUGAACCGCGUUGUUUAUCGUUAAAAUAUGUAGUUACAUUUUUCACUUGGAUACGUUCAAUUCAUCCAGAGUUGUGUUUCAUUUUAAGAG